UCCGAUUACCCUUAUACUGCUGUGUCUUGUUUUAUUCGGUGACUAACGUGACCACCCUACCGGAGAAUCUACACAUUUAACUGCUGAAAAGUGCGUUUCUUUGAGCGUGCAUGCUGAAGUACAUAUUUGGACCAGUUUUGUAUCAAGUUGUUCCCUGGAGGACGUCUUCGUUAGCGCAAGUGUAACAGACUUGAUUGGAGAUGCCGAUUCUGAGGGCUGAAUCGUGAUUUCGUUCGGAUUGUUGUGUGGCGAUCGCAAGGACACACUUUCUCACCCCAAAUCUGUUCAGCAGAUUAUAAUCGGUAAUGCAACACGUAACCGAAUUAUCUGAAGCUGUUUGUUUUGUACGUCGUCGACUCGUGAAGUGGAUUAAGCAGAUCUGACUUGCUCGACAGUCAUUGUUUAGCUUUUUUCUGAAUAGUCACGUUUACUAUGUGGCAUUGCGAGUUACUUUUAUGUACUGCCGAAUGUGGAAUUUGUAGUGUCGUUCCGUGAAGUGUGCAGAACUAUCAACCGCCAGAGCUCCCGUUAUGCUUGCAAGCAGAUGGGAUUGGCCCAACCCUAAAGCAUACGCGUUGCAGCCCUUGUGAAUUGAAGCAUCAUUGCUUGGAAAUGACUGCCUCAGAAAAUCAAGGGCUGUUGCCGGACUAUUUGUACAGGAGCCGAGGAGCAUUAUCUGCAUUGGUUGGAAUUGCUGGAGUGAGCACCUCAUCACCAUGUGGGAGUAGAAGACGGAGUACUUUGGGGUUGGCUCAAGUCCAUGACGAUGUUUUCAGGCAGUUCAGAAGUGGAACCUGCUUCGACGAGAGGGUGGGUAGCACAGGUAGAAGCACUGGACGGGAUGGAUUGGGCAAGUUCAUGAUCCCUGGAAUCAGCGAAACGCGUCAAAUUCCCUUGCAUACGGGAGAAUUUUAUGCCUAUUGCGCAUUUGGGGGCGUUUUGAGUUGUGGUAUUACGCAUACCGGAGUCACACCUCUAGAUAUCGUGAAAUGCAAUAUGCAGAUUGAUCCAGGAAAAUACGAGUUUAUUGGCUCAGGAUUUAAAUUGAUAAUGGCGGAUCAAGGUCUGAAGGGGUUGUACAAGGGUUGGGGCCCUACAUUGAUUGGUUACAGUCUACAAGGAGCAUGCAAGUUUGGCUUGUACGAGUACUUCAAGCAUAUGUACGCCGAAAUGGCAGGAGAGCCCUUCGCUACAGACCACAAGUCCUUAGUGUUUUUGGCUGGAUCUGCAUCUGCCGAGUUUGUAGCGGAUAUUGCACUGUGCCCUUUCGAAGCCAUUAAAGUCCGAGUUCAAACUCAGCCAGGAUAUGCGAAAGGACUCACGGACGGCAUGUCCAAGUUUCUUGCAACAGAAGGUUUCACAGGAUUAUAUGCUGGAAUCGUGCCCUUGUGGGGGCGUCAAAUUCCAUAUACAAUGAUGAAAUUCACAAGUUUUGAGGCCACAGUGGAUGCCUUGUAUGCUCAUGUGGUGCCUGUGCCCAAAAAAGAGUGCUCGAAAGGUUAUCAACUGGGAGUCAGUUUUGCGGCCGGUUACAUUGCGGGAGUGCUUUGCGCCGUUGUGUCUCACCCUGCUGACAAUUUAGUGUCUUAUUUGAAUUGCAAAAAGGGCGCAAGUAUUCGACAGGCCAUAAGCGAUAUUGGAAUGUUCAAUUUGUUUACACGAGGCUUACCACUACGAAUCUUCAUGAUUGGCACUCUCACUGGAGCACAAUGGGGCCUUUAUGAUUCGUUCAAGGUUUAUGUAGGAUUACCAACAGCAGGUGGAGCUACUCCAGCUCAUGGUGAUAAAGGUGGUGGGGGCUAAUAACCGUUUUGAUUCUUGGAACCUUUUAUUUCCAAAUGUAAGUGUUUGCAAGAGAUGAGAUUUAGAUGAGUAGAACUAGCAGAUGAAUUAUCCUUAUCUUUUGCUAAAGAAAUGCUUCCACUUUUGAAACUAAAAACAAUUUGUGGGGUUUACGGAUAAACACGAUGGCGAUCAGUUGUCUGAGCUUAUUGUUACUGAGCAUUGAUGCAACAUUCACAUUUAGCAACAGUAAAUUCAAGCCCUAAAUAUGUUUCAUGCUGAUCA